AUGGCGGUUCAGACUUCAUUUCAUGCUUCCCAGCCUUCUGUCAAAAUACUGUACUGUUAUUGCAACUGUGCGAGUUCUGCAGUUAAUGGCAAGGCUUUUGGAAUACUGUAUCUGAUCUCUGCCUUACAGCACAAGCAGCGCUGCCCUGUGCUGGAGGACCAGUUGGUGGAUCUUGUGGUGUAUGCCAUGGAACGGUCUGAGACUGAAGAGAAGUUUGACGAUGGUGGAACCAGUCAGCUUCUGUGGCAGCAUCUCUCCAGCCAGCUCAUUUUCUUUGUGCUCUUUCAGUUUGCAAGCUUUCCGCAUAUGGUCCUGUCACUCCAUCAAAAGUUGGCAGGCCGUGGCCUCAUUAAAGGAAGAGACCAUCUGAUGUGGGUGCUACUGCAAUUCAUCUCUGGCAGCAUCCAGAAGAACGCGCUGGCUGACUUCCUCCCCGUUAUGAAGCUUUUUGACCUCCUUUAUCCUGAGAAAGAAUGUAUUCCUGUACCUGAUAUUAACAAACCCCAGUCCACUCAUGCUUUUGCGAUGACCUGUAUUUGGAUUCACCUGAAUCGGAAGGCGCAUAGCGACAACUCCAAGUUACAGAUUCCCAUUCCUCAUUCUCUUAAGCAUCACCAUGAGUUUUUGCAACAGAGUUUAAGAAACAAAAGUUUACAGAUGAACGACUACAAGAUUGCCUUGUUGUGCAAUGCUUAUUCAACCAAUUCAGAGUGUUUUACUUUGCCAAUGGGUGUACUGGUAGAGACUAUUUAUGGAAAUGGCAACAUGAGGAUAUCUCUUCCAGGGACUAAUUGCAUGGCAUCAGGGUCUAUAACCCCGUUGCCAAUGAACCUCUUGGACUCGCUCACAGUUCAUGCUAAAAUGAGUCUGAUUCAUAGCAUAGCUACAAGGGUAAUUAAGCUGGCUCAUGCAAAAUCUAGUGUGGCCUUGGCUCCUGCUCUUGUGGAAACCUACAGUCGCUUGUUGGUUUAUAUGGAAAUAGAGUCCUUGGGCAUCAAAGGCUUUAUCAGUCAGCUCCUGCCAACUGUGUUCAAAUCUCACGCCUGGGGAAUUCUGCACACUCUGCUAGAAAUGUUUAGCUAUCGUAUGCAUCAUAUCCAGCCUCACUACCGAGUCCAGUUGCUCAGCCAUCUUCAUUCCUUGGCUGCUGUGCCACAGAGAAAUCAGAAUCAGCUUCAUCUGUGUGUUGAGAGUACUGCUUUAAGGCUAAUUACAGCUUUGGGCAGCUCAGAAGUCCAACCGCAGUUUACGCGAUUCCUCAGUGAUCCCAAAUCAGUUCUGUCAGCAGAAUCAGAGGAACUCAACAGGGCUUUAAUCUUAACUCUAGCAAGGGCAACACAUGUGACAGAUUUUUUUACAGGCUCUGAUUCAAUUCAAGGAACUUGGUGCAAGGAUAUACUGCAGACUAUCAUGAGUUUUACUCCACAUAACUGGGCAUCCCAUACACUAAGCUGUUUUCCAGCUCCACUGCAGGUAUUCUUCAAACAGAAUAACGUACCUCAGGAAAGCCGUUUUAACCUGAAGAAGAAUGUGGAAGAAGAAUAUCGAAAGUGGAAGUCUAUGACCAAUGAAAAUGAAAUAAUCACACGCUUUUCGGUGCAAGGUUCACCCCCACUUUUCCUUUGUCUGCUAUGGAAGAUGCUGCUAGAGACAGAUCACAUUAAUCAAAUCGGUUACAGAGUAUUAGAAAGAAUUGGGGCCAGAGCUCUUGUGGCACACGUCAGGACAUUUGCAGAUUUCUUGGUGUAUGAAUUCUCUACCUCUGCAGGAGGUCAGCAGCUCAAUAAAUGUAUUGAGAUUCUCAAUGAUAUGGUGUGGAAAUACAACAUUGUAACACUGGACAGGUUGAUACUUUGUUUGGCUAUGCGUAGUCAUGAAGGAAACGAAGCUCAAGUCUGUUACUUCAUUAUUCAAUUACUCUUACUCAAGCCUAAUGAUUUCAGAAACAGAGUGAGUGAUUUUGUGAAGGAAAAUUCUCCAGAGCAUUGGCUGCAGAAUGACUGGCAUACUAAGCAUAUGAGUUAUCACAAGAAAUAUCCUGAAAAGUUGUAUUUUGAAGGCUUGGCAGAGCAAGUCAAUCCCCCAGUUCAGAUCCAGCCCCAGUAUCUUCCAAUUUAUUUUGGAAAUGUAUGCCUGCGAUUUUUGCCAGUGUUUGACAUUGUAAUCCAUAGAUUUCUGGAACUGCUUCCAGUGUCUAAGUCACUAGAAACUUUACUGGAUCAUCUGGGAGGUUUAUACAAAUUUCAUGACCGUCCGGUGACUUACUUGUACAACACUCUUCACUAUUAUGAGAGACAUCUGAGAGAGCGCACAAACCUCAAGAGGAAGCUUGUUCAUGCCAUCAUUGGCUCUCUCAAAGAUAAUCGCCCACUGGGCUGGUGUCUAAGUGACACUUAUCUCAAAUGUGCUAUGAAUGCCAGAGAAGAUAAUCCGUGGGUUCCUGAUGACACUUACUAUUGCAAACUCAUUGGAAGACUAGUAGACACUAUGGCAGGCAAAUCACCUGGUCCAUUUCCAAAUUGUGACUGGAGAUUCAAUGAGUUUCCCAACCCAGCUGCCCACGCUCUUCAUGUUACCUGUGUUGAGCUCAUGGCACUGGCAGUUCCAGGAACAGAUGUGGGCAAUGCACUACUGAACGUUGUGCUGAAGAGUCAGCCCCUGGUGCCAAGAGAGAAUAUCACAGCUUGGAUGAAUGCUAUUGGACUAAUUAUCACAGCCUUACCAGAGCCAUACUGGAUUGUUCUCCAUGAUCACAUUGUGAAUGUUAUCAAUAGUCCCAGCUUGACUUCAGAGACAGAGUGGGUUGGUUACCCUUUCCAGCUGUUUGACUUCACAGCAUGUCAUCAGUCUUACUCUGAGAUGAGUUGUAGCUACACUCUGGCUUUGGCACAUGCUGUUUGGCAUCAUUCUAGCAUUGGACAGCUUUCUCUCAUUCCCAAGUUCCUCACAGAAGUGUUGAUACCCAUAGUGAAAACAGAGUUCCAGUUGCUUUAUGUUUACCACCUCGUUGGUCCUUUUCUACAGCGGUUCCAGCAGGAGAGGACACGCUGCAUGAUAGAGAUUGGAGUGGCAUUUUAUGAAAUGCUCCUGAAUGCUGAUCAAUACAGCUCACAUCUGAACUACAUGGAUCCCAUAUGUGAUUUCCUGUAUCAUAUGAAAUACAUGUUCACAGGUGACAGUGUGAAAGACCAAGUUGAGAAAAUAAUUUGUAACUUAAGACCAGCUUUGAAACUUCGGUUACGUUUCAUUACGCACAUCAGCAAAAUGGAGCCAGCAGGUGUUUCACAGCAACCUCUCAGUAAUGGGUCACCAGCACAACAACCUAGCCAAGUGCCUGUUAAUGUUGCUCUGCCAGUAACACAGUGAAAUAAAUGAGUGUUAGACUGGCCUUCAUGUGAAGUCAGCCUUCAAGGUGAAGCAUCAUUUGAACUGAAAUCUGGUAUGCUGUAUAAAAGGAAAGAGAUCUACAGACAGAUCUGUGCUUCAUUUUCUUUUGCACAGUGAAGCUAAUUGUAUGCAUGCCAAUCUUCUUGACUAUUUAUAUCAGACACUAAAUGAGGUAUAUGUUGCCUUUCUUUGAAAGCACUGAUUAAAGUUUCACUGCAAGCAAGUACACGGACUUCUGAAGAGUUUACAGCAUUCCUGCUCCCUACCUUGAUUUAAGUCAUCUGGAUUUUUCCUUCCUUCUGUUUCUGUGAAAAUGAAAGGACUCUCAAUGUGUAUAUAUAGUCUGGUUUAAAAAG